CCACACCAUCUCUGUCAUUCCCAGAGGAGCCCCAGGAGAGGCAGAGGAAGGAGGACAUGAGUGCUUUAGAGGUCCAAAAUAUCAACUGGCAGAUGAGUGCCAACCGGAGGGCACAUCACACAGAUAAGUUCUCUAGCCAAGAGCUCAUUGUGAGGAGAGGACAACCUUUGGAGAUCAUAAUAAUCUAUAACCGAAGUCUUGAGUCUGGAGAAAGUCUGGAUUUCACCGUCUCUACAGGCCCUCACCCCUCAGAGUCAGCCAGGACAAAGGCUACAUUUUCAGUUUCCGGGGAGAGUACAGGUGGAUGGAAUGCAGAGAUCAGAGCCAACAAUGGGAAUAAUCUGACCAUUGCCAUUGCCAGUCCUGUCAAUGCACCCAUAGGAUGGUACACACUGGAUAUUCAGAUCUCUUCCAGGGGCAGAGUCUCCUCUAUGAGACUUGGGACAUUCAUACUGCUCUUUAACCCAUGGCUGCAAGCGGAUGAUGUCUUUAUGAGUAACCAGGCUGAGAGACAAGAAUAUGUUGAAGAAGAUUCUGGCAUCAUCUAUGUGGGCAGUACAAAUCGAAUUGGCAUGGUUGGCUGGAACUUUGGACAGUUUGAAGAAGACAUUCUGAACAUCAGCAUCUCCAUCUUAGAUAAGAGUCUGAAUUUCCGCCGUGACCCCACUACCGAUGUGGCCCGCAGAAAUGACCCCAAAUAUGUUGGCCGAGUGCUAAGUGCCAUGAUCAAUAGCAAUGAUGACAACGGUGUGCUUGCUGGGAAUUGGAGUGGCAGUUACACAGGUGGCCGGGACCCAAGAAAUUGGAAUGGCAGUGUGGAGAUCCUCAAGGAGUGGAAAAAAUCUGGCUUCAGGCCAGUCCGAUAUGGACAGUGCUGGGUUUUUGCUGGGACCCUCAAUACAGUGCUGCGGUCCUUGGGGAUUCCCUCCCGGGUGAUCACCAACUUCAACUCAGCUCAUGACACAGAUCGAAACCUCAGCGUGGAUGUAUACUAUGACCCCAUGGGAAACCCCCUGGAGAAAGGCAGUGAUAGUGUGUGGAAUUUCCACGUCUGGAAUGAAGGCUGGUUUGUGCGGACUGACCUGGGCUCCUCAUACAACGGAUGGCAGGUGCUGGAUGCCACCCCCCAGGAGAGAAGCCAAGGUGUGUUCCAGUGUGGCCCUGCUUCAGUUAAUGCAAUCCGAGAGGGUGAUGUAGACCGGAAUUUUGACAUGAUCUUCAUCUUCCCGGAGGUUAAUGCUGAUCGCAUCACCUGGAUCUAUGACGCCAAGACUGGCAGCCAAAAACAGAACUCCUUGGACACUCACUCCAUUGGCAAGUACAUCAGCACCAAGGCCGUGGGCAGCAACUCUCGCAUGGAUGUCACAGACAAGUACAAGUACCCAGAAGGUUCCAGAGAGGAAAGACAAGUAUACCAAAAGGCUUUGAGCAAACUUAAGCCUAACGCAUCUUUUGGUGCAACAUCUGCAAGAGAUUUGGCCGGGGAGGAAAGGGCACCCAGCAUUUCUGGGAGGUUCAAAGUCACUGGUAUACUGACAGUCGGCAAAGAAGUCAGUCUGGCAUUGCUGCUCAAAAACCUGACUAGUGACAGGAAGACAGUAACAGUGAACAUGACAGCCUGGACCAUCGUCUACAAUGGCACGCUUGUCCAUGAAGUGUGGAAAGACUCUGCUACAAUAUCCUUGGACCCUGAAGAAGAAGUACAGCAUCCCGUGAAGAUUGCAUACUCUCAAUAUGAUAGAUACCUGAAGUCAGACAAUAUGAUCCGGACCACAGCCAUAUGCAAGGUGACUGAUGAGGCCGAGGUGGUAGUGGAGCGGGAUGUCAUCCUGGACAACCCAACUCUGACCCUGGAGGUGCUGGACCGGGCUCGGGUGCGGAAGCCUGUGAAUGUACAGAUGCUCUUCUCCAACCCCCUGGAUGAGCCGGUGAAGGACUGUGUGCUGAUGGUAGAGGGUAGCGGCCUGCUACGUGGCAACCUCAAGAUCGAGGUGCCAGCCCUGCGCCCCAAGGAGAAGUCCAGGAUCCGAUUUGAGAUUCUUCCCACCAGGAGUGGCACCAAGCAACUGCUCGCUGACUUUUCCUGCAACAAAUUCCCUGCGAUCAAGGCUAUGUUGUCCAUCGAUGUGGCUGAGUGAAGGGCCUAGCAGCCCCCUCACAGACUUGGGGAACACAGACCAGAAAGGGCUCACCUGUGGAGUGAAACUGCUGUCUGUGCUGUCCAGCCCGAGGAGCCCUUUAUGUCCCUAAGGUUGCCAGACAUAGACUUCUAGCAAGCCCCUCACCCCAACCCCUCACUCAGGCUGGGUCAGGUGCACUCUGGCCUGGAACUUAAUCACUUUUGCACAUUUCCUGAUUGCUUCCCCCAAAGACACCUACCUGUGAGCCCUUGGCUCUGCUCAUCCCUCACACCCAUCAAUGCUGCAGGACAGAGCAGCAGCAUCCCUAGAAACUCUCUGAAUGCAUACUGGGAAGAAGCAAGUCUAGACUAUUUGCUGAUUCCCAGCCUGCGGUUGGGAUAGUCCUGUUCCUCCCUUGGCCUCCAUGGAAGGCAGGGAGUAGUCACAUGCCAUGCAUUCAUACCUUUACAAUCAAAAUAAAUAUCCAACAGGUGC